UUUUUUUUUGUGACCUUGUGUGGGUGUUUAAACACAAUGCGCAUGGUGUUCUCGGCAGCAGGCAGCCAGGGAAUCUGUCAGCUCUGUCAUGGAUCCUACAAGAUGUCGAAACAAAAACACGGAACAGAGUUAAAUCUUCCAGAAUGUAGCUGAGUUCCAGAAGAUCUGAUGCCCCCAACACAGACAUAAAUGCGGGCAGAACACCAAAGCACAUGACGUAAAAGUAAACGAAGGAGAUUGCCAUACGAGAUUGUGCAGAUUCUUCUGAAGAAGUGCUUGGUGUCUCAGGAAAGCCUGUCCGGCUGCGGCCUUCCAACAUACAAACAAAACAUGUUUCUAUUGAAUGGAAGAAGAAGACAGGACAUCAACAGACUCCCCAGAUCGUGACUUGGGAUACUACGGAUAACAAAAACUUUAAUAUGUGUUGUAGUGAUAUCUAUGGUUUUGAGUCUGAGAAUUUUGCUCUUAGUAUCAAGUCAGCUAAGCUAAAUGACAGUGGUCACUACCUGCUGGAGAUCACCAACCAAAGAGGAAUAGUGUGCACUAAAAACUUCCAGAUGCUUAUAUUUGAUCCUGUUGAGACACCUCACCUGACUGUCCAGGGGACGCUCUGGGCUAACGGGACUUGUCAACUGUCUUUGUCCUGCUUUGUGCCCAAGGAUGACAAUGUAAGCUAUGCUUUGUACAGAGGGAGCAUGCUGAUCUCGAAUCAAAGGUAUGGCACCCACUGGGAGAACCGGACUGAUGCCAGCAGCCUGCACACAUAUACCUGCAAUGUUAGCAACAAGGCCAGCUGGGCAAACCACACCCUGACCUCCCCGCAGAGCUGUCAGAGUGUCCCUUCGAAAUUCAAUUAUCUGCCCUUUGUGGUAUCCAUCGGUAUCCUCGUCAAAUUUUUUCAUGGGGCCAUCGAUUGCUUCUGUGUGUGGAAUAGGAAGAGAAAGCAGUCACAGUCCAUCGCUAAGGAAUCUUUGACCAUACAUGAAUACGUCAAGAACGCACAAGUCAGCAGGGACCAACGAGGACAUUUUAGGGCCUCUGGAUCUUCCUCAGAUGUUCGGGGAGAUGAGAGGGGACAAAGAGAAUCGGACAGACGUCUUUUCCAGGUGAUCUUUAGAUAUCUUCCAUCUCUUUUCUCCACCAGUUUCCUGGCUCUGUCCAAAGAGGAAAAGGAGAAAAGAAACAGAGCAGAGAAAAUGGAAAUGAGGCAGAAGGGGCAUCAUGGUGCUGUACUUAAUCUGCCCAGGGGUAGAACUCAGUAGAAAUCAAUAGCAAAGGACAGAAUGUGUCUACUACUGUCUUCCCAGAUGGCAGAGUAGGCUGGAAGGAAGCUCUUGGUCUCUCAGAACACUAGGACACAAGAGGAUGGGCCCUGGUGCUCCAUUAUCCGCUCCAAAUCCCUGGUGCUCCAUCACCUGUACCAUCUCCCUGGUGCUCCAUCACCUCCUCCAUCUCCCUGGUGCUCCAUCAUCUGCUCCAUCUCCCUGGUGCUCCAUCACCUGCUCCAUCUCCCUGGUGCUCCAUCACCUGCUCCAUCUCCCUGGUGCUCCAUCACCUGCUCCAUCUCCCUGGUGCUCCAUCACCUGCUCCAUCUCCCUGGUGCUCCAUCACCUGCUCCAUCUCCCUGGUGCUCCAUCACCUGCUCCAUCUCCCUGGUGCUCCAUCACCUGUACCAUCUCCCUGGUGCUCCAUCACCUGUACCAUCUCCCUGGUGCUCCAUCUCUCUAGUGCUCCAUCUCCCUGGUGCUCCAUCACCUGUACCAUCUCCCUGGUGCUCCAUCACCUCCUCCAUCUCCCUGGUCCUCCAUCACCUGCUCCAUCUCCCUGGUCCUCCAUCACCUGCUCCAUCUCCCUGGUCCUCCAUCACCUGUACCAUCUCCCUGGUCCUCCAUCACCUGCUCCAUCUCCCUGGUGCUCCAUCACCUGCUCCAUCUCCCUGGUGCUCCAUCACCUGUACCAUCUCCCUGAUGCUCCAUCACCUCCUCCAUCUCCCUGGUCCUACAUCACCUGCUCCAUCUCCCUGGUCCUCCAUCACCUGCUCCAUCUCUCUAGUGCUCCAUCACCUGCUCCAUCUCUCUAGUGCUCCAUCACCUGCUCCAUCUCCCUGGUGCUCCAUCACCUACUCCAUCUCCCUGGUGCUCCAUCACCUGCUCCGUCUCCCUGGUGCUCCUCACCUGCUCCAUUUCCCUGGUCCUCCAUCACCUGCUCCAUCUCCCUGGUGCUCCAUCACCUGCUCCAUCUCCCUGGUGCUCCAUCACCUGCUCCAACUCCCUGGUGCUCCAUCACCUGCUCCAACUCCCUGGUGCUCCAUCACCUGCUCCAACUCCCUGGUGCUCCAUCACCUUCUCCAACUCCCUGGUGCUCCAUCACCUGCUCCAACUCCCUGGUGCUCCAUCACCUGCUCCAACUCCUUGGUGCUCCAUCACGUGUACCAUCUCCCUGGUGCUCCAUCACCUGCUCCAUCUCCCUGGUGCUCCAUCACCUGCUCCAUCUCCCUGGUCCUUCAUCACUUGCUCCAUCUCCCUCGUGCUCCAUCACCUGCUCCAUCUCCCUGGUCCUCCAUCACUUGCUCCAUCUCCCUGGUACUCCAUCACCUGCUCCAUCUCCCUGGUGCUCCAUCACCUGUAUCAUCUCCCUGGUCCUCCAUCACCUGCUCCGUCUCCCUGGUGCUCCAUCACCUGCUCCGUCUCCCUGGUGCUCCAUCACCUGCUCCGUCUCCCUGGUGCUCCGUCUCCCUGGUGCUCCAUUCCCUGCGCCAUCUCUCCUGCCCCCGUGUCUUUCCAUCAUUUCCUGAGCAUCACUGCUACUUUCCCUCAGUGGAAUGGAUCCCUUCCUCCUAGGUGCUGUUUCAUGCUUGUGCACAGGGUUGUCUUAGUGCCAUAGCAUGGCUGUUGCAUUGUUUACAUGGCUCCUUUGACAGUUCCAGGAAACUUUUAUGAGGUUGUACUUGUUAAGCCAAUAUUUUCUCUAUGUAUUUACAUAGUUCCAUAAUUUCUAACAAAAGAGAUUGAAUUACAUCUGGGUCUAAGACCAGUGUUCCAAUGAAAUGCAUACUCCCUGUAACACUAGACUUAGCACUUUCCCAUCUCUAAUGAGGGUUUAGGUUCAUCUGGUGGCAUAUUGCAACUUGUGACUCAUCCUGCACA